AUGGGGAGUUCUAAGCACAGUAAAUCUCUCAAGUCUGCAUUACUGUCACACCAAAAACGUCAGACGCAUAAUGUACAACAGGCUGCGAAACAUGCGGCAAUGGAGGCCAAGGGAAAGCACGCUGACAAGGCCGGAAAGAGCAAGAAACGGACAAGAGUGGAGAGCCCUCGGAAGGCAACUGUUCCUUUUGUUCCUACAGACAGGAUACUUUUGAUUGGUGAAGGAAACUUUUCGUUUGCCCAUUCGCUGCUCGACCACCCCUCUAUUCCUUCCCUCCCGCCCGUUAAUAUUACUGCAACCGCCUACGAUUCAGAAUCCGAUUGUCUCGCCAAAUACCCUGAUGCACAAGCCCAUAUAGCCGCGUUAAGGUCGGCAGGCACUACUGUGCUAUUUGGUGUAGACGCUCGACACUUGGACAAGACUUUCCCGUUGAAAACGGCUAGGAAAUGGGACAAGGUCGUCUGGAAUUUUCCGCAUGUUGGCUUGAGUAUCGCCGAUCAGGACAGGAAUAUCGCCGCGAACCAGAGCACAUUAUUAGGAUUUCUGGCGAGUGUAAAGCCAUACUUGGCUGAAGGGGCUAUACCAGAUCCGAACGCCAAAGGAAAGGGUGUCAAGAAAGACAAUGAAAUGACCGAUGAUGAUGACGACGAGGGAAGCAUGGUAUCACCACGGGAGAGUAGGCGCAAGAUGGCCGGGUCGGUGCUUAUCACUUUGAGAGAGCAAGAGCCUUAUACUCUGUGGGACCUCCCUCGGUUGGCCAAAAACCCAGUAAUCCCUGCAACAUCGAGGAGUGUGUCGCCCCAACCUCGUUAUGUUCAGGUUCGAUCCUUUGCUUUUCUUCCAGAGGUUUAUCCUGGAUACGAGCACCGAAGAACGUCUGGAUGGGAUGAAAAGGAGAGCCCACUUGUGGGUGCGAGCAAGUCCUGUGAAAGUGGAAAUCAUGAGGAGAGAGGUUCUUCCAGGACAUGGGAGUUUGUGUUACGACCCGACCAAUGA